AUGACCAAACUUGUAGAAGAUCUGACGGGCAAAGAGGCCCUCGAAUCCGCCCUUAUCGCAGCCAGAGACUAUCGAAAACAUAAAAUUCGCGUCCUCGAGCUUAAUGAGAACCAAGGUUGCUCUAGCACGACUUUUGUCGUCGACUAUGAAGAUCAAACCAAGUCGAUCAUCCAGCUUAGAAAUGAUCGAAUCGAUACUAUACUUGUAUCCCUUGCUCAUGGUAUAUUAGGGGAUAUUGUACCACUUGUGCGGGCUGUCAAAGCGAGCCAUACCAUGUUUGCGUAUGGAAUGCGGUUUAUACAAGGAAGCCGCUGGGAGCCGCUGAUUAUCACCUCGUUGAAAGAGGAUAUGAAUAUCGCGGGGCAGCUUGGCUCGAUUUUGGCCAAGUGUCGGUUGGGUGGAACGACAAGCGAAGCGAUUAUCAACUACACUAUAGUCCCUCGUCUCGAGUCAAUUAUCCGAGAUCAACUUCCUAGCCUAGAGGAUAAGCAUCCACGCCUUCGCGGGUGGUUUGAACGCUUGCUUGCCCGAGCGCCCAACGUGAAGCGACUGCCUCUUACUCUAACUCACAUAGAUGUCAAUCCAUUCAACGUGAUCGUCGAUGAAUCCUCCCCUCCGCAAAUUGUGGGACUUAUCGACUGGCAAGGUGCUACCAUCUUACCAUUCGCCAUGAAUGCCUACCAGAUUAGACUUAUUGCGGUUCUCAACCGCCAAGGAAUCGAUUGCCCAGACUCCACGACUGCUACGCCAAUUGCAACCGCAUUUUGGCAAACAUUGACGCAAGAUAUUGAUACAGAACUGAAAGGAGCCGUACUAGAUGCUAUGAGCAUCGGAAUGAUUCUUUUUUGUGACUUUCAUGAAGAUUUAGGAAUACCUCCUGAAAGGAUAUUGCAAAACACAGUCGCCCGCUUGGACUGGCUGGAGGAAAUAUAUCGUCCCCUUUGUAAAUAA